CGGCAUCGAAAAACGAACGAAUUUGGAUGCGGUGGUGGAUGCACAGGAAAAGAUGGAAUAAGGUUUAAGUGAAUUCGGUUAGUGUAGGGAAAAUGUGGUAGUACAACUCCUGAGGCGUUUUAUAUUACUCUGGCGUUCUACAACGUUUCCUUCAGGUGUUGAGGAGUAGUUAGUUAUUGCUUUGAAGGAAUAAACGCACUGGUCCAAUUGAGCACGCGCGGAAUGGGGAGCAUGCGUGUUCUGACUGGGUUACACGAGUUUAUUUUUCUCUGCCUGUUUUUAUGUAGCUAACUAAUGCUAAUGGUGAAGUAGGUCCUUAUAGCCAGCGGGGUAGCGUAACUUGGUUGUAGAAGUAUAUAAAUUAAUUGCGUAAGUGGCACUGUCACUAUAGAUUACAUCAAUAACCUAUACAGUUCAUAUAUAACGUUAUCAACAAAUCCAUGCAUUCGGUACAGCUAGCUGGCUCGCUAACGUUAGGUAGCCCAAGACGUUAACGUUAACAGUAGCUGGACAGCUAACGUUAGCUAGUUGUCUCUAGAAUGACUGUUGUCCUCUGUAACAUAUCAAACUAGCUAACGAGCUCACUAGCAUAUAACAGUUAUCAAGUUGUCGCGCUGACUAUUUUCCCUGUCACGGUAGACUGUAGCCGGAGUAGCAAGCUUGCAUGGAAGCAUGCAUAGGCUUAACUAGCAGGAAGGCUCAGUAAUAUCCAGUUCCCCCACGCGAAAAUCAACGUGACACGAUUCACGUCAUUAUUUAAUAUAAUUUUCCACAAUCUUAAAUAUGAGAACAAAACGUCAUUUUUAUCAGCAUAUUUAAUUUAGAAAAUGGCAGCAAGCGGCUUUACAGAUCUAAGGGAGAAACUGAAGUCUAUGACUCCACACAGAGACAAUUACAAAAACAAAAAUUCAGACCACAGCAAUGGAAGCAAGCGCAAAUACCACGAUUCAGAGGAAGACUUCAGUGACCCUGAAGAGCAGCGGGAGGUGGAGGCCCGUAAAGUCAAGAGCGGAAUCACACAAGUGAGCAUUUUUAGCACAGAGGAGUGCUCCGUUAUAGAGGCAAAGAUUGACGAGAUCGUUUCCAACGGAGAGAAGGGUCUGUACAGAGAACACACUGUGGACAGGGCACCUCUUCGGAAUAAGUAUUUUUUCGGAGAGGGUUACACCUACGGUUCUCAAUUGGAAAAGAGGGGGCCGGGACAGGAGCGUCUGUACUCCAAAGGGGAGGUGGACGACAUCCCAAAUUGGGUGCACGAGCUGGUCAUAAAGAAACUAGUUGCCAGUCGCGUGAUACCUGAAGACUUUGUCAACAGCGCUGUCAUUAACGACUACCAGCCGGGAGGAUGCAUAGUCUCCCAUGUGGAUCCCAUUCACAUUUUCGAGAGGCCCAUCGUCUCAGUUUCGUUCUUCAGCGAUUCGGCGCUGUGCUUUGGCUGCAAGUUUCAGUUCAAGCCCAUCAGAGUGUCGGAGCCGGUUUUGUUCCUCCCUGUUAGGCGCGGGAGUGUCACAGUUCUCAGUGGUUAUGCCGCAGAUGAGAUUACCCACUGUAUUCGACCACAGGAUAUCAAGGAAAGAAGAGCUGUUAUCAUACUAAGAAAAACACGACCUGAUGCACCACGACUGGAGACAAAUUCACCCAGCAAUGCAGUCCUUCCUGCCUCCAUUCCUGACAGACACCUAUUGAAAGCAAAGCGGUCUCAUCGAAAGGCAGAUCCUGAUGCAGCACAUAGGCCUCGCAUCCUGGAGAUGGACAAAGAGGAGAACCGCCGCUCUGCCGUCUUCCCCCGGCACCGCCGCAGGAGCGGCUCCAGCGCCGAGAACUUCUGGAGGAGGUCCCAUGAGUCCGCCAGGAGCUACGACCAUCCCGACGACAGCGCAAACUCCGCUCGAAAAGUGAAGAUGAGACGCCACUGAGGGGGAACUGUCUGCCCAGGACACCAAAGGCCCACAUGGAGACGUGUCCAAAAAAAAAAAAAAAUCCUUUGUUUGCAUGCAGGUUUAGAGGUAGAUGGGUCAUAUGUCAGCAAUCAAGUGGGCCAGUAAUUUGAAUUUGUUUGGGGGUGUGGAGGGGGUUAACAAUCUGAGGAAUGUGAAUAAAGCAUUUAUUUAGUUCUUUACCUUACAGUGGCCAGUAAUGUUCGAAUUCAGUAACUUUGAAUCCAAAUAUCACCAAUUGAUGUGAGUAGUCCCUUGUCAAAGCAGUCUCCGGUGCACAGUUGUUAAUUCCCACAAGAGGGGAGGCCCAUCAUCAGUUAUCCAGAAGCCUUUAUUCUCUUAAUGAUAUCAAAUGAGAUUAAGUAGU